AUGGCUUACCACAGCUUCCUGGUGGAGCCCAUCAGCUGCCACGCCUGGAACAAGGACCGUUCCCAGAUCGCCAUCUGCCCAAAUAACCACGAGGUGCACAUCUAUGAGAAGAGCGGGGCCAAGUGGGUGAAGGUGCACGAGCUCAAGGAGCACAAUGGGCAAGUGACAGGCAUCGACUGGGCUCCCGAGAGCAACCGCAUUGUGACCUGCGGCACAGACCGCAAUGCCUACGUGUGGACACUGAAGGGCCGCGUGUGGAAGCCCACUCUUGUCAUCCUAAGGAUCAACCGGGCUGCCCGCUGCGUGCGCUGGGCCCCCCAGGAGAACAAGUUUGCGGUGGGCAGUGGCUCCCGGGUCAUCUCCAUCUGCUACUUCGAGCAGGAGAAUGACUGGUGGGUGUGCAAGCAUAUCAAGAAGCCCAUCCGCUCCACUGUCCUCAGCCUAGACUGGCACCCCAACAACGUGCUCCUGGCUGCCGGCUCCUGUGACUUCAAGUGCCGGAUCUUCUCAGCCUACAUCAAGGAGGUGGAGGAGCGGCCAGCCCCCACACCGUGGGGUUCCAAGAUGCCCUUUGGGGAGUUAAUGUUCGAGUCCAGCAGCAGCUGCGGCUGGGUGCAUGGCGUCUGCUUCUCAGCCAGCGGGAGUCGUGUGGCCUGGGUCAGCCAUGACAGUACUGUGUGCCUGGCCAAUGCCGAGAAGAAGAUGGCCGUUGCCACCCUGGCCUCUGAAACGCUGCCCCUGCUGGCCGUGACCUUCAUCACAGAAAACAGUCUGGUGGCCGCGGGCCACGACUGUUUCCCGGUGCUGUUCACCUACGACAGUGCAGCAGGGACACUGAGCUUUGGUGGGCGGCUGGACGUGCCCAAGCAGAGCUCUCAGCGCGGCCUCACGGCCCGUGAGCGCUUCCAGAACCUGGACAAGAAGGCCAGCUCGGAGGGUGCUGUGACGGCAGGCGCCAGCCUGGACUCGCUGCACAAGAACAGUGUCAGUCAGAUCUCGGUGCUCAGCGGAGGAAAGGACAAGUGCUCACAGUUCUGCACCACCGGCAUGGACGGCGGCAUGAGCAUCUGGGACGUGAAGAGCCUGGAGUCUGCCCUGAAGGACCUCAAGAUCAAGUGA